UGAAAUUUCCAAAAUAUCUAAAAUUUUAUGUAUCAUACCCAGAAUAAUUCUGGGAAUUGAUAUAGAGACUACUCCGUUUCUGUUCAUUUUUAUUCACGAUUAAUAUCACCUCAUCUGAGAUAGUUCUAUUAUUUUAAUCAAAUAACACACUUCGUUUAAUCAAUUAAGUAAUCAAUUAAGUAAGUCUUGCGUGUUACUGGUUUCUCUACUGUUGAUCUUGAUACGCGGAGAAGCGCGCUCCGACUGGCGAGAGAUCCUGCGUGUUGAGCUGAGCGUCGUCCAUCGCUACUAUAUUGAUCUACCUGUCUCAGGGUUAUAUUCGGCCGCGUGUUUCAGCGCAGUACCCUCCGGUCCUUCACCACGAGAUCACCGGAAUCUAGUCUCUCGUUUCUCGUUGAUGAGAUCCGCGAAUUUGCAUCGCGUUUCCGUCCCAGUCCGUUUUGAAAAACGAUCGCAGUGACCAUUGCUUCUUGAUAAUGUAGAUGACCUCGUUCUUUUUCGGAUAUAUCUCAUAUUAGGAAAACGAUUCGAGCAAACUCCAUACUGUGAGCAAAUUACCAUACUGUGAAAACUUUUAUCGGUUUCGCGUUUUGCACGAAGCGACUGCGAAAAUGAUCGUGUCUCCGCGGUUUCUAUUGUCCCGAUGAAAAAAUGCCACGAUGCUGCGGCGCUUCUUUGGUUUCCGCCGCGGAUGGCAACGGAUCUCCGCAGAGCCUCGGUCUGCAGAUCCAGGACGGAAACCCACGGAAUAAGACGGCCUUAGCACCGGGGCAUAGUUUGAUGGAUUGGAUCCGUCUGGGUAAUUCGGGAAUCGAUUUAACCGGAGUCGGUGGUGUACCACAGGUCGUAACGUUAGCCGAGCUUGCUAAUCAUAACAAGCAAACUGACGCUUGGAUCGCAAUCCGAGGGAUAGUAUUCAACGUUACGCGUUAUAUGGAUUUCCAUCCAGGUGGGGUCGACGAAUUGAUGAGAGGCGUUGGGAAAGACGCCACGAAGUUAUUCGAAAACGUACAUGCUUGGGUGAAUUAUCAGAGCAUUCUGCAAAAAUGCGUCGUAGGCAGAUUAUGUCGCGGGGCUUCCUCAGCGUCGAGUACUUCCUCGGUGAUGGAAAAAUCAGUAACGGAUGCGAACAACUGUUUACCCGUGACAUUAGGUCGAAGCAAUCGUUCCACUACACAAAAGACAGUUGACGAAAAUUUAUCGGAUUCACCUAAUGUGAACAUAGAUUGGCGGCAAACAUCCAAUUCUGUCACAUUCUUUUAUCAAGGUGUGCGCGACUAUCCAGGAAUAUAUUACCAAUUAGAAAGGUUGAGUGACUCGAAAGUCGUCUUCAGGCUAACUUUUGAAAAGUACAUUAUCAUCUACGAGCUCGAAUUAAUUGCAGAUGUAGAAUGGCCGCCAAUGUGUAAAAGAGAUUUCGAUUCAAUGCAGGUAGACUUUACGUUUACAAAAAAGUUCAAAGAUAUUUGGAAAUCUCAGGGAAAUCAUACAUUGUCGCGGGAAUCAAUCACAAACAAACGCACCUACAAAGAGUACGAAGUACUUAGUAAUACACCCCUUUGCAAACUAGUUAAUUUGUUAGUUUUACGUGCGAAAGAUUUUUUAGAACUAAUUCCCAUCGGUAGACACAUAGAAGUCAAAAUGAAUGUAAUGGGAAUGGAAAUAUCAAGGUCAUAUACGCCUGUCCCACCGUGCCUUCAUCCUGAAGAUAUGGCGCCAAAUUAUAAGCCUGAUUGCAUUUGCUUGAUGAUAAAGCGAUAUCCAAAUGGCGCACUUAGUCCGUCCAUCACCAAAUUACAACCUGGCCAAACCCUUAUAACGAGCAAUGGUUUAGGUGCCUUUGUAAGCGAAUCUUUUGAUCGGUAUCCUGUUAUUCACAUGCUGGCAGGUGGAACGGGUUUAACCGCGAUGUUAGGAAUAAUUCAGCGGGCUUUGGCGAGGCGCAGUGUAAAAUUAAUCAAUCUUUUAAAUUUCAAUAAAGAUGAAGACAAUAUGUUUUAUGUGGCGCAGCUUGACAAAGUAUCUACAGAGAAGAAGUUCAAAGUUACACAUAUCCUUUCGCAAGCAGGAGAUAAAUGGGAGGGAAGACGCGGUACUGUAUCUGAUGAAUUAUUAAAUGAUUUGAUCGGCAAAUGUUCACCAGAAGGAUGCAUAUUUACGUGUGGACCAAAAGGAUUUAUUCUAUCUGCGAAAAAGUGUAUUCAGACACUUGGUUGGAAAUCUCAACAAAUAUACGAUUUCGACGACUAAUUGUCUGCGCUGAAAGUAUACGUGCCAUAUAUAUAUAUAUAUGUAUGUUUUCUUUCCUUUCCGAGAGUCUUUCUAGAGAGCCUAAUAUAAGAUAUGAAACUCGUACCUGUCGAACCACAGUUUAGUUAAACAUUAGUACAGAUGUUUCGUGACAGCUGUGUGAACUGUCAUUAACGUCUAUCGUCAAGGCGUAUUUUUCUGGAAAUAUGAAAAUUUUGAAGCACUUUUACUCCCAUCUCCGCCCAUAAUGAUACAUUCUUAGCUGCGAUAAAUUGUAAUACUAUCCUUAAAGUAGAUAUUUACUUGUAAUUUUGCAACCAGAUAAUAUGACAACUAGAAAAUAGAGGCGAACUUGUUACGCUAUUUAAAUAGAAAAACAACGUAUGCCUCAUAUACAUGUAUGUAUAUGCCUCAUAACAUAUAGAAAGAUCUGUUCUAUAUGAUUCUACUGAAAACAUUCUAUUGAAAACAUUGAUAUUUAUUAUAGAGAAAAUGUUCAUUAAAAAAAAUGUCUUUUCAUACAGUCUAUCAACCAUGUAACGGUAAAGUUGUUAGAUUUAAUUGCAAUUUUAUAUAGUUCAUUAAUCAUUGAGUCAUAUGAUCACAUUGGAUAGUACGUAUAUCUUUUCUGCGAGAAAGAAUUUUCAGCGCGCAUAGUAAAUAAUGCACAAGUAAAUAAGUGGACAAAAACAUGUAAUAAAAGUGAGUAAUCUUGUAUAGACGUUUUUUUUUCAUUAUGAUUAUAAGACAUAUACUUAUUUUAUAGGAUUAGUGAUAUUUUUAAUAUUGGUAAUUUAUUUGUUGAUUUAACACAUGUUGUUAACGUCUUAUUUUUAUGUAAAUAAAUUAAGAUUAGGUAAUUGUUCUUUGAAAAAAGAUAACGUAAAAUGCUGUGCAUUUAUACACAUAAAUAUGUAUCCAAUAUUAAAUAAAAAUAAAUGCAUAAAAUGA